CGGUUUUGGCGCGCGUCGCACAUUAAAUGUUGAGCUUUUUCAGGGUCAAAAGACGUCGAAACGUUUUUCGAGUAUUUUUUUUCAAGUCGUCCGCUCACUCUGUUCGUUUCUAUCGCGACUGAGAAACGGUACUUGCUCGGGUACGUUUUUUUUUUUCUGCAAAUACCCACUGAUGUUUGAUAAAAAAAACAUCAUCAACGCAGAUAUAGGUAUUCAAAUGUUCAAUAUUGUUCCACAGAUUGUUUAGAAUUUAAUAUUACAAUGACAAUAGCAAUAAUAAUAACGCCUAUACCUACGCGCAAUUUGUAAUGACGUUGUUAAUGAUCCCGCGAUGUACGAUUUUUUUUUAUAACACGGGUCCCCCCCACCUGUCAGACAAUAUUAUACGAUACACAUUAUUAUGUCCGUGACGUUUAUCAUAUUUUGUAAAUUUUACAAGGGCCGCCAACACGAUAGUGUUAUCUUAUGUUUAUGUUUCGUCAAACGCGAACGAAUUUUAAAAAUCAGGAUCUUUCGGACUUCGGCAGUGCACCUGAUGAAUUUAUUCGAAUGUUCGUGCUAAACCAACCGACUCGUUCGGCAAUCGCGUAAAUGCCGGUUGGCCGGAAGUUUUCCAUGUGCACUGAUUUUCGACAUCGGCCGGAUUCGAGCAAUAUGACGUGGUCAUGGAGUGUUUUGAAACAACAGCAAGCCGCAGAAUUUACUGCAGAUAAGUUCUGGAGCGCCGUAAACGUGUGGAACACUAAGCCGCAUCUGUUGAUAAAACACUUAAUUGGCGCUAUACGGCUUGUCUCCGGUUCAUUUGCCGAAGACUCGAGCAAAUUGUUCGAUUUACUGGCCGAACAACCGGCGAGUUUGGCAGAAAACCCAUCGGAAACAUUUCAAAAGUUGGGUUUGUGUAAUGGUGAUGACGUUCAAGUAGAAGUAUGGAAAUUGUUAACCAAGAAACCCGUCGAAUGGAAUGAUUACUUGCGUCUAAGUGUUUUUGGUAAAUGUGACAUUUGAAUACAUACAUUAUCUGUGGCUAAGUUUAACGUUUAAACACGUUUAAAAUUCUUUAUUUUAGAUAAAAGAAAGCAUACAGCCGUGUUCUAUGAUUUUACUCCGAAAAAUGGAAAUAGCAUGGAGAAAUACGCGUAUGGUAUUCAUUUUGCUAACGAUCAGUUGGAAUUGUGCUUUGCUGUGCCAAAAAAUCAAUGUAAAGACGAGAAAACAUUACAUUGGUUAACGGAUGUAUUUUUCCCAAAAUUUGUUAAUUGGGCUAUAAAUAAUAAAGGGUCUAAGCCAACAGUUUCAUCGUUGUCACAUAUUUGUGUUAAAAAAUAUUGUCACUUGUAUAAUUGGAUGAAAGAAAAAUAUGCAGCGUCAUUAAUAGAAGUUAGUUGAAACGAUAACUUUACUAACACACAUUUUUUUUUAUUAAUUUAAUGAAAUCAUAUAUCAAGGUUUGGACAGAAGUAACUGAUCCUAAAAAGUAUGUUCAUAAAGACAUUGCAACAGCAACGUAUCUUAUGUUAUUGUGGGCUGAUACCAAACCAAGUUUUGUUGAUAUGGGCUGUGGUAAUGGUUUACUUGUGUAUAUACUUAACAGUGAAGGAUAUAAGGGAAUUGGUUUGGAUGUUAGAUCCCGGAAAAUGUGGGAUCAAUAUCCUCUCACUACAGUCUUAAAGGUAGUAUACAAUUUUAUAAUUUUAUUUUACACUAAAAAUUUUAUAAGAUACAAGAUUAUAGCUUGUUAUAAUUUAGUGCAUUUUUAAUUUUUACUACAGGUAACCAGUGUAGACCCUUCAUCGCCUGAAUGUAAAUUUCCAAAAGCUGAUUGGAUUAUAGGCAAUCAUUCAGAUGAAUUGUCACCUUGGGUACCAGUGAUUGCUUCACGGAGCAAUUAUAAUUGUAAUUUUUUCCUCCUUCCAUGUUGUCCUUUUGAAUUUAACGGUUCACGCUACCAACGCCAAGAUUCAUCCGUUAGUCAAUACCAUGAUUACUUAAAAUACAUAGAAAAAAUCAGCAUAAAUGUAUUCAAGUUUCAUGUUAAAGUAGACCGUCUUCGUAUACCCUCUACAAAACGAACCUGUAUCAUUGGUUGGUCAAAAAAUUAUUUGCCUCAAGAAAUGGAUAAAGUUUUGCAAGAUGUAGAAAGUUAUGCAAAUUCUAAAUUUAAUAAAAAUGUUCAAUUUGUACCUAGGCCUCCUGAAGAAAGAGUCAGGAAUUGUACAAAAUUAGAUAAGGACUUGGUGAGCAGUGUUGUUGAUAGUGUAGCUAGUUUUUUAAUAAAACGUGGUGAUGGGUGGAAAUGUCGCAUCACAUUAGGUGAACUAGCAAAACAUAUCGAUGAUGAAAGACUGAAAAAAUUAAAAAAAGAAUGCGGUGGUUUACAAACAUUGUUAAAGAAUCACAGAUAUAUUUUUAUAGUUGAGAAAGGAACAGUUGGGUUUAGAAAACCAGUGAAAGACAGUGGCAAAGUUUGGAAGAAACAUAUGUGUUGGUUUUAUCAUAACUAUCCAGAUAAAUGUCCAUUAAAUGAAGACGAGUGUUGUAAUAUACAUUAAUACAUUUUGUUGUAUAGUAAUUUGUUUUUGU